UUCUCUAUACCUGUAAAGAGUGUCAUCAUUUAUCAUGUCUUUCAGCUAUAAACAGUCAUGUCAGAAAACUGUUUCUAGGGGUUAUGGCAGUGUUAGUGGAGGGAACUAUGGAGAAUGUGGUAUGGGAGGAGGUGACAGUUGGGGAGGUCAAUAUGGUGGUAGUGCAGGUGGUGGAUCUGGAGGUUGCUAUGGUGGUUUCGGAGAAAGCUCUGGAGGUGUAGCUGGAUAUGGUGGUGGUUCUUAUGGAGGUGGAUUUGGUGGCAAUGCUGGCUUUGGUGGCAAUGCUGGCUUUGGUGGCAAUGCUGGCUUUGGUGGUAGUUUUGGUGGUGGUGACAGUAUCUUGUCUGGCAAUGGAAAACAAACAUUGCAGAAUCUCAAUGACCGCUUGGCCUCCUACCUGGACAAAGUUCGAGCUUUAGAGCAGGCAAAUGCUGAACUUGAGCGCAAGAUUAAGGAAUGGUAUGACAAGCAGAGUCCUGGCACCAGCAGCACAGGGGAAAAAAUUGACUACAGCAAAUAUUUUAAAACAAUUGAAGAUCUACAAGCUCAGAUCCUUAAAGCUACCAGUGACAAUGCAUCUAUAAUCCUAGUGAUUGAUAAUUCCCGUCUGGCUGCUGAUGACUUCAAACUGAAGUAUGAGAAUGAGUUGACUCUUCGCCACACAGUGGAGGCUGAUAUUAAUGGUCUGCGCAAAGUCCUGGAUGAACUGAAACUUUCUACGUCUGACUAUGAAAGUCAAGUUGGUAGUCUGCAAGAGGAAUUGGAUUCUCUCAAGAAGAGCCUUCAGGAGCCAACUGAUACCCAACAAACCACUGUGGGUGAUGUUAAAGUGGAAAUGAAUGCAGCUCCAGGUAUCGAUCUGACCAAAGUGCUGACUGACAUGAGGGAAAAAUAUGAGGCCCUGGCUGAGAAAAACAGGAAGGAAGCUGAAGACAACUUCAACAAAAUUAGCAAGGAACUGAGUGCACAAAUAACUAAAGAAGUUGAAGUGGUGACAACAACCAAGAGUGAAAUUUCGGAACUUAGGAAAACAGUUCAAACAUUGCAGAUUGAACUUCAGUCACAACUUUCCUUGAAAAAGUCCCUGGAAGAAACCAUAGCAGAGACAGAGGGCCGUUACUGUCAGAAGUUAUCACAGCUUCAGGCUCAAGUCUCUGCCUUAGAGGAGCAACUGGAGCAGAUCAAAGCUGAAACUGAGUGCAACACUACGGAGUAUGAGUCCCUACUUGACCUCAAGAGUAGGGUAGAGCAAGAAAUAAGCACAUACAACAAACUGAUCGAGGAACUUGGUAAAACAGAUCAAAGCGGUGGCUCUGGGCAGAGUGGUUCAGGAUCCAGAGGAACUGGUUCAGGACAAACCAACCCUGGUACUGGAGGAUAUACCACUGGACCAGCAGUUAAAAGACCCACCACAAGGAACUGAAGACACAGUUGAUGGAAAUCUGAUGUUGACAGGUCAUUGCGAUGAAUGGAGUUACCUGCUACAUAACUGCCAAAUAUUUCUGCUUAAGCCAAUUUGUUUCUUAUCUUAUGUCACUGUGAUAUGGUCACAUAGUAUAAAAGAGAUUACAAAAGAACACUACUUUGAAGCCUGGGUAGAGCAUCUGGUUACCCUUCUACUGCACAUCGGUGUGAAGGAGAACAGUUUAAAUCAGGGGUGUCCAAUUUAUUACAAGUGAUGGACACAUUGCAAUUUUUCUACUUGAAGGGCUGUGAGUACAUUUAAAAAAAGUUAUAUAAUUUCAAACAAAAUAUAAAAUUCAAUGUACUCAAACUCUUCAUUGGCCAGAUAAGUGCCACAAACACACAUAUAUAGAAAGAACAAGCUACAUGAAAUAGAUCUGUGUCUUUGGUUGAACAUCCCUGUUUUAAAUGUUAUAUACUAAUUUGAUUACAUCUUCUGUUUUUUUGUAUUUCUUUAUACAAUAUAUUGCACUUUCAGGUUAUUUUGGUGUCCUUCUGUCUGCAAUAUUUACCCAAUAAAUACUUUUCAUGAUGCAAGAUA